AUGGCUGAAGCAAUUGUUUCUUUUGCCUUGGAGCAACUGGGUUCAAUUCUUUCUCAGCAGACGUCUAGCUUCAUCGGAAAACACGUGAGCCUAGUUGGGGAUGUUGAAGAAGAAGUAGACAAGCUUACCCGCAAUCUUCGAGCCAUUGAAGCUGUGCUAUUUGACGCAGAGACAAAACAAAUGAAGGAAGCAGCUGUGAGACUUUGGUUAGAUCAUCUCAAAGACGUAUGCUAUGAGGUGGAAGAUGUGUUGGAUGAGUGGAAUACUGCAAUCUUGAAAUUGCGAAUUGAGAGAGGUCAUGAUCAUAAUGCACUUGCUCCUAAGAAGAAGGUGUGUUGCUUCAUUCCCUCUCCUUGCUUUGGUUUCAAAGAAGUUGUUUUACGCCGUGACAUUGCAGUUAAGAUAAAAAAUACAAAUAAAAAGCUAGAUGUUAUAGUCAAAGAGAAAAAUGAUUAUCAUCUUAAUGUGAUUCUAGCUAUCGAGAAAUUUGAUCAUCAACAAAUGAAAACUACUUCAUUUAUUGAUGUCUCUGAUAUAUGUGGUAGAGAUAAGGAGAAGAAUAAUUUAGUAAGCAAGUUGUUGCGUAAGAGUAGUGAACAAAGCCUCCAUGUCAUCUCACUCGUGGGGAUGGGGGGAAUUGGAAAAACAACUCUUGCUCAAUUUGCCUACAAUAACAAGGAGGUAGAGACAAAUUUUGAUAAAAGAAUAUGGGUGUGUGUAUCAAACCCUUUUGAUGAUAUUAGGAUUGCCAAAGCGAUUAUUGAAUCUCUGGAAGGUUGUACUCCUAAUGUAGUAGAAUUACAAUCUCUUCUUGAAUGUAUUUGUAACUCUAUUAAGAAUAAAAAAUUUCUCCUUAUUUUAGAUGACGUAUGGACCGAAGAUUACAAGGAAUGGGAACCAUUCUAUAAUUGUUUAAAGAAUGGUCUCCAUGGAAGUAAAAUUUUAAUUACCACACGUAAAGAGUCUGUUGCACAUAUGAUGAAUUCAUUUGAUAUUAUCAAUGUUGAGGAAUUGUCCUAUGAGGAGAAUUGGUUAUUGUUUAGAAAGUUAGCUUUUUCUAAAAGAUCUCAUGAUGAGUGUGCAAAUUUAGAAGAAAUUGGUAGGAAAAUAGUAGGGAAGUGCAAGGGGUUACCUCUUGCUACAAAAACUGUUGGGAAUCUCUUGCGGCUUAAAAAAUGUAAAGACCAAUGGCAACGUGUUUUAGACAGUGAAUUGUGGAAAUUGGAAAAUGUUGACAAAGGUCUUUUAACCCCUUUGAUGUUGAGUUAUAAUGAUUUACCUCCAAUGGCAAAACGGUGUUUUAUAUAUUGUUCCAUCUUUCCAAAAAAUUAUGAUUGUUUAUUUAAAGAUGAGUUGAUUGACUUAUGGAGAGCUCAAGGUUAUCUAGGGUUAGAAAAAGAUGUUGAGAAAGAGGAGAUAAUUGGUAAAGUGUAUUCUGAGUAUUUAGUGACAAGAUCUCUCUUACAAGAGAAUAAAUCUUAUAGUUAUAAGAUGCAUGAUAUAGUGCACAACUUUGCACAAUUUUUAGGUAAUGAUGAAUGUCUUUAUGUAGAAGUUCAUGGUGCUGAGGACCCAUUUAGAAACUCUUCUCAUGACAAAGUUCGUCAUUUAUUUUUAACUCUUAAUGGAGUUGGGGCUUCAUUUCCUAUAUCUACUUGUAGAUUCAAAUGGCUACGUAGUCUCUUACUUACAUAUAAAAUUUUUGGCACUGAUUCCUUGACUAGUGAUGUUUUAGCGGGGUUAUUUAAUGAAUUGACAUGUUUACGGGCAUUAGAGGUAAAUGCUCAAUUUAGUUUUGAAGAGAUUCCAAAAGAGAUAGGAAAAUUAAUACAUUUGAGACACCUUAAAUUUUAUGACCAACUUAAGCAAUAUACAAUAAAAUUACCUGAAAUUUUGUGUGAAUUAUAUAAUUUACACACUUUUAGUUUUUUGCGUGGCGUGAUCAAAGAAUUACCUCGAGGGAUGGUAAAACUAGUAAACUUGAGGCGUUUGCAAAUUGAAACUUCUUCUUCUACACUACUUUACAUGCCAAAAGGGAUUGAGAAAUUAACCGGUCUUCGAAGAUUAAGUGAAUUCGUUAUAAGUGGCGGAGGUGAUCAUGAUAACAAAGCAUGUCCACUUGAAGGAUUGAAACAUUUGAAUCAACUUGAAGGGAGCCUUACAGUUAGAGGGUUGGGAAAUUUAAGAAAUGUGAGCGAUGGUGAACUGACAGAAGUAUUUAAGAAAAAGGAAAAACUCUCAGUGUUGAUAUUAAAAUUUGAUGAACGUGAAGAAGGGGAAAGAUUAGGCGAGGAUGAUGAACUAAUCCUUAAAAUCUUACAACCACCGCCAAAUUUAGAGAAUUUAUCGCUAUUGUACUACAGAGGCAACACAUUUCCCUCCAGUUGGAUGACGUUAACCAAACUGAAGGUGUUAAGUUUUUCGGUUUGCUCGAACUGUAAGCAUUUGCAUCAUUUGGGAAAGUUGCCAUUGCUUGAAUUACUAGAUUUAACAGCAAUGUCCAGUGUGAAAAAAGUGGAUAAUGAUUUUUGGGGAAUAGACAGUGAGACCUCAUCAUCAUCUUCAUUGUCUAUUCACUUUCCCAAGUUGAAAGAAUUCAGAUUUUGGGACAUGAAAGAAUGGGAAGAGUGGCAUUGCAAGGGAGAGGAAUUCAUGCCAUAUCUUGCUAGGUUGAGUAUUGUACGCUGCCCCAAGUUAAAGGCACUGCCAGACAGCCUUCUGCAGAGGACAACACUCAAGAUAUUGAGGUUUAGUGAAAGUCCUAUUCUAAGUGAACGAUACAACAAGGAAACAGGAAAGGACUGGCCCAAGAUCUCUCGCAUCCCUAAUAUCGAAAUUGAUUGUCGAGAUCCUCAGAAGAAAUUUCCAUUACGUUUUCAGGUUGAGGCUAAUUUGGUAUUACCAAGGGAGGGGAAGAUUGAUUUUGUAUGCUUACAAUGUGGCCUGUUUGAGCUCUGCUUUGAUUUUCCAUCUUUUGUGUGGAGUAAAUUCUCCAAUGAGAUAUUUUUAUGGCUUAUUGAGCCUCAGAAGAAAUUUCCAUUACGUUUUCAGGUUGAGGCUAAUUUGGGGAGGGGAAGAUUGAUUAAAUGCUUACAAUGUGACCUGGGGAAGAUGGACUAA